AUGGCGGUAAACCGCAUCCGGGGCGCCUUUGCGCCGCCUCGAAAGGGAGAGACGUUUGAGCUGCGAGCCGGUCUCGUGUCACAGUAUGCCUACGAACGUAAGGAGUCGAUCCAAAAGACCAUUAUGGCAAUGACGCUGGGAAAGGAUGUCUCCGCCUUGUUUCCCGACGUGCUCAAGAAUAUCGCGACCGCCGAUUUGGACCAGAAGAAGUUGGUCUACCUGUAUUUGAUGAACUAUGCGAAAUCGCACCCCGACCUCUGUAUUCUCGCCGUCAACACAUUCGUACAAGACUCCGAAGACCCGAACCCACUAGUCAGGGCGCUGGCUAUCCGCACCAUGGGCUGUAUCCGGGUCGAUAAAAUGGUCGACUACAUGGAAGAGCCGCUGCGCAAAACGUUACGAGACGAGUCACCAUACGUUCGCAAGACGGCCGCCAUCUGCGUUGCCAAGCUGUUCGAUCUCAACCCAACCAUGUGCAUCGAAAACGGUUUCCUUGAAACGCUGCAGGAGAUGAUUGGCGACCCCAAUCCCAUGGUCGUCGCCAACUCGGUCCAGGCGCUCUCUGAGAUUGCGGAGACAGCGCCCGAGACAAGCGCGCUCAUCAUUACGCCAGCGACGCUGAAGAAGCUGAUGCUCGCCCUCAAUGAGUGCACAGAAUGGGGCCGCGUGACGAUCCUGAGCACCCUGGCGGCCUAUGCCGCCACCGACGUCAAAGAGUCGGAGCACAUCUGCGAAAGAGUAGCGCCUCAGUUCCAGCACGUCAACCCCAGUGUCGUUCUCGCUGCUAUCAAGGUUGUUUUUACGCAUAUGAGAUCGAUAAACCCCGAGCUGGUGGGCUCAUACCUCAAGAAAAUGGCCCCUCCUCUAGUUACGCUGGUUGCCUCUGCACCUGAAGUUCAAUAUGUUGCUCUGAGAAACAUUGAUCUCUUGCUCCAGGCCAAGCCCGAUAUUCUCAGCAAGGAACUCCGCGUCUUUUUCUGCAAAUACAACGACCCUCCCUACCUCAAACUCCAGAAGCUCGAGAUUAUGGUCAGAAUAGCAAACGAAAAGAAUUACGAGCACCUUCUCUCUGAACUCAAGGAAUAUGCCCUGGAAGUCGACAUGGACUUUGUGCGCAGAGCCGUCAAGGCGAUCGGCCAGGUUGCCAUCAAGAUUGAAAAUGCCAGCGCCAAAUGCGUCGAGGCGCUGGAGGACUUGAUCUCCACAAAGGUCAACUAUGUUGUGCAAGAAGUGGUAGUGGUGAUAAAGGACAUUCUGCGCAAGUACCCGGGAUACGAGGGCGUCAUCCCAACUCUAUGCAAAUACAUUGACGAGCUGGAUGAGCCGGAAGCUCGCGGAUCACUCAUCUGGAUCGUUGGAGAGUACGCCGAAAAGAUCAACAAUGCCGACCAGAUCCUGGAAAGCUUUGUAGAUGGUUUCAUGGAGGAGUUCACCCAGACUCAACUGCAAAUAUUGACGGCUGUCGUCAAGCUAUUUUUGAAGAAGCCGAGCAACAGUCAGAACCUUGUUCAGAAGGUACUACAAGCGGCUACUGUAGAAAACGACAAUCCCGAUAUUCGCGACAGAGCUUAUGUCUACUGGAGACUGCUCUCUGGAGACCUGGAGGUUGCCAAGAACAUUAUUCUCUCCCAAAAGCCCACUAUCACGACAACGAUGACGAGUCUGCCACCAGCCCUUCUAGAACAACUGCUAAUGGAGCUGUCUACGCUAGCGUCCGUGUACCACAGGCCUCCCGAGUCGUUUGUCGGCAAGGGCCGCUUCGGUGCCGACGAAAUUCAACGGGCAGCCAUCCAAGAGCAGCGCCAGAACGCCGCUGAGAACCCCAUCGCGGCCUCUGUCGCGACCGCCAACGGCGCCAGCGGAGCGCAGAGCAACAUUGAGAACCUGCUGGACAUUGACUUUGACGGUGCGGCGCCGGCCUCGCGUGAGCAUGGCAGCGCCUCGCAGACGCCGGACCGCGUGGCCAGCCCGGCUGCCGGAGCGGGCUCUGGUGCCAUGGCGGACAUGAUGAGCAUGUUCGAUGCGCCACCGGCACAGAGCAGCGCCGCAGGCCAGGCUUCCGCUAGCGGCAGCAGCGGCAUGAACGACCUGAUGAGUGGCUUUGAGGGGAUGAAUUUUGGUGCGUCGGCCGGCGACCCCCUGCCACCCGCAAUGCAGCUGCAGAACGUGCAGGGCGACUCGUCACAACAACCGCAGCAGCAACAGCAGCAGGGGGCAAGCGAUGAUCUUUUGGGCUUGCUGUAG